AUGGCCGACAAUCACAAUGGCCGGGCCACGAUUCGAGAUCUGCUCACCCGCCCAAAAACCGCGACUAUUGAUUGCAUCGUGACCAGUGCAGCUAUGAACACGGCCUAUGCAAACUGGCCUGAAGUUCGCACAAUUACAAUAUGGGAAGAAUUCAACCUGGAGAAUAUCGACAGCGAACUUGGACAGAUUCUCGACGAGUCAUUGACGGGCACGCCGCUUCACCCAACUGGAUUCCCAUUACCAGACGGCUUUCAAGUCGACUCCCAGAGAAAUCUCUAUCCUUUGUUUGAACGAAAUGAAAGAGUAUUGCAGGAAACUAUACCUCAUGCCCGCCAACGUUUGAACCUCCACUUGGACAUGCAAUAUAGGAGCGACUAUACAACCCAGACUCACGCCAAUGCAAAAUUUCCCUUUAACAACGGACCGCCAUUCUUUCAACAUGCCAUUUGGCUCCAGCAUCAAGCUACGCUGAACAUUCUAGCUGGGUUAGGAAAGACGAGCAAGCAUUGGAGUGGCAGUGAGGUACGAGAAGGUCUCGCAAACGGAAACGGCCUCUCGCGGGGACUUCAGGCGCCGUUACGCCAGCUGGCGAACAUCUGUCUGCUUGGGAAUAUCAGACAUGGGUAUCUCCAGACUGACAAGGAGUUGGUGGUAUGUGAGUUCACAUUCAGCCUUGACAGGAAGUUCGAUGUUCGAUUCAUGCCAGUCAUGUGGUCCGUAACCCAGGGCCUCACAACAGACCUUGCGUUGUUCACCCUCUGUCUCCUCGCAAUGUAUGUUAUCUUUCAACGGACGCUCCACCCAUUAUGA